AUGGCGGUCGCUUUGCCCAUGGAAUCGAAUCCUGAAGUUAUGAACAAAUAUCUUUAUAAGCUCGGCGUGUCAGAUAAAUGGAAAAUGGUUGAUGUUCUGGGAUUAGAGAAUGAUGCAUUGCAAUGGGUCCCUCGCCCUGUGCUAGCCGUGUUACUCCUGUUUCCAUUAUCAGAGAACUAUGAAGAACAUCGAUCUCGCCAAGAAACUGAAAUGCUUAGCAAGGGUCAUGAAGCUCCCAAAGAUGUUUUCCAUUUGAAGCAAGUCCUCAGUAAUGUUUGUGGUACUAUCGCGUUGGUACACAGCAUUGCUAACAAUGUGCAAACUAUUGAUAUUGAAGAAGGGCCCUUGAAGAAAUAUUUGAGUGACGCUGAAGGACUAGAUGCGGCCGCCAAAGGAGCUUUGCUGGAGAAUUCUGCCGCUCUGCUUGAUGCUUAUAAAGACCUGGUAACUGGCGGUAACGAUGAUUAUGAAGAUGGUGAGCCGAGCCACCAUUUUGUGACAUUCAUACAAAAAGAUGGAAAGCUGUUUGAAUUAGACGGCAGGAAGGCAUUGCCUAUUGAACACGGAACAACUACAUCGGAGACAUUCUUGGAAGACGCGGCCAAAAUCUGCCGCGAAUUUAUUGCUCGUGAACCUGAAAACAUAGGGUUUAAUGUCGUUGCUUUAGUUUCUACUAAUUAA